CCGGAAUUUUAAGCGACGAAGAAGAAAGACUGCCAAACCUCGUGAAGCGGGAAUCAACUUUUUCCCAGCAUGGACUGGGGUCAGAAGGAGCUGCUGUCUCCGGUGGUCCGAGACGAUGAAGUGACGGUCGCCGCUCGCAGGAGGAAGAAGGUGGCCUUCCCAUCACCCAGCAGCGACGCCUCUGUUCCCAUGGUAACGCCAGCCCGGUCCCUGCUGAGGAACACCCCGGCCUCUCUGUUCAGACAGACUGUAACUCCCAGAGUUCCAGAUGUUUCCUCCAUUUUGGCGUCGGGAGUUCGGACACCUCGAUUUGCGCACACGCCCCGAAAUGCUUCGAGUAACGUGUAUUUGGACGACAGCGACUGGACCAACAGCUUUUACGCCUCCCCCACGUCCGGGGUGGAGAACACGAGCUUCUUCAACGACGACGUGGCCAACCUGAGCUCGGCGCUGCUGAAGGAGGACGACCCUGGAGAGGCAGCGGCCGCCAGUCUUUUCCCAGAGUUCCUUGCUUCCUUUUUGAAACACUCUUCUUCUGCGGUGUUUGAGCUGCUGGAGGAUUAUCAGAACAUCUGCCAGGAAAAGGUGGACGUGCUGCAGUCCAUGGUGCUGAGAGCGGGUCAGAACAGUAAAACGGCAGGAGUCCGCUGGCUGCUGCAGCAGGAGAACUGCACCUGGAGGCUCGUCGCUUCGCUCUACAGGGAUCGAGUCCAGUUGGCGCUGGAGGAUGACAUGAUGAUAGACAUGGUUGAUCCCAGUAAGAGUGAGAAGUUAGUGGUGGAGCAGCUUUUUCAGAGAGAUGCCGUCAUUCGACAGAGUCAGCUGGUCAUUGAUUGGUUGGAGAGCAUCGCCAAGGACCAGAUCAGAGAUUUUUCUGAUAAUAUCGAAUAUUACGCCAAAAACGUCUGCUGGGAGAACACUCUGCACGCGCUGAAGAUGAGGAGGAAGAGUGGCGCCACCUUGACUGUUCCUCUGGUCACUGAGCUGGACCCGGACGCUCCUCUCCGGCAGCAGCGCCCCCUGGCGGACCUGGACAGGGAGGACGACGCGCGGCUGCUGAAGAACCUGUUCACCCUGAUCCGAGCGGGGAUGACCGACGAGGCUCAGAGGUUGUGCAAACGCUGCGGUCAGGCCUGGAGAGCAGCGACUCUGGAAGGCUGGAAACUGUACCACGACCCCAACACGACCUCAGGUAGCUCAGAGCUGCAGCCUGUUGAAGGAAAUCCCCACAGAGGGAUCUGGAAGGCCUGCUGCUGGAGGAUGGCUGAAGAGGAGCAGUUGAACCGAUACGAGCGAGCGAUCUACGCCAGCCUGAGUGGAAACCUCAGACCGCUCCUGACCGUGUGCGAAUCGUGGGAGGACUGCGUGUGGGCGCACUUCAGAGUGAUGGUCGACUCGCUGGUGGAAAAGCAUCUCGUGUCGUCAGGAAUGGCCCACGAGGAAGUGGAGUCGCUGCCGCGGGAAUAUCUGGAGGCCAACUGGACGAUGGAAAAAGUGUUUGAGGAGCUUCAAGCGUCCGAGUCGAAGAGAGUCUUGGAUGAGAUUAAAGAACAUUUCCACGUCAUCCAGAAGUUUAUCAUCCUGGGAGAUCUGGACGGUUUAAUGGAGGAGUUUUCUGGUUGGCUGGCAGCCUCUAAGCCCCUCCCAUCACACCUGCUGCGUUUCAUGAGUCACCUGCUGCUGUUUUUCCGCUCUCUGGGUUUGGCUUUGAAGGAGGAAGUUUGUGUCGAUGUGCUGAAGGCGUACGUCUCGAUCCUGAUCCGGGACCAGCAGACGGAUCUUGUUGCAAGCUACGUUGGCCAGCUUCCUGCUGAUCACGCCACCGCUCAGUACGCUGCUUUUCUGGAGACCGUCACCCAGCCGGAGCUCCGCCCUCGAUGCCUGCAGCUCGCCACCGGAGCUGGUCUGGAUGUUUCUGCCAUAACGAAGCUGGUGGUGGAGGCUGUCAGAGAACGAGACGACACGGAUUUUACACAUCACAGCCAAACGCUGGAGACGGGAACCACGAAGGACGACCAAAAGAAGAUCGACAUCAUCGAUUGGCUGCUGUUUGACCCCGCCCACCGAGCUGAGGCUUUGAAGCAGUCCAAUGCCAUCAUGAGGAAGUUUCUGGCGCUGCAGAAAAAUGAAGCGGCCAAAACGGUUUUCUCUAAAGUUCCCGAAGACUCGAUGAAGGAAAUUUACUCCCAGUGGACGAGCGUCGGCCAGACGGCGCCCCUGCUUGCUGAGGACGAGAACGCCAUCAGAGAGCACCUGUGCAUCAGAGCCUACCUGGAAGCUCACGAGGCGUUCACUGACUGGUUCAGCCACAGCAGCUCAGCGCCACAAAAACCAGUACCAGCCCCCGAGGCCAAAUUCACAGAGAGGGUGGCCAACGAGAUGAGAGAGAAGGAGUACCAGGCCGCCCUGACCGCCUGGUCGUGUCGACUUGACGUUCUGACUGAAGACGUGAAGGAAAGAAUCUACAACGUGCUGCUGUUCGUGGACGGAGGAUGGAUGGUCGACAACAGACAGGAGUCCGAGGUCGAUACAGAGCGCAGCCACCAGAUGGCGGCGUUGCGCUCCCUGUGUCUUCCUCGGCUCACCUUUCUGCUGCUCAGCGUCCUGCAGAGCUCCUCCAGACACCAGGAGGCGCUGCGGCUUGCUGACAUCAUCUCAUCGGACCAGCACCGCCUCUACCGGGUUUUCUCCAAAGAGGAGAUGAGGAGGUUCCUUCAGAAGCUGCGGGAGUCGUCUCUGGCUCUGUUGGACCGAGGUCUCGACCCGCUGGGCUACGAACUGCAGCCAUGAAC